AUGACGCAAGAUGCUGGCACCCCACCCUGGCAUGAACAGUUGGUAGCGUUGACGCAGCGGUUUUCGGACCUUGAAGACGUACCCCGAGUAGUCCGUCAGUCACCCGACGACGCCGAGUGCGAGACAUUUUUUGCUCAUCAUCGCCGAGCUGCUGACAGACGCUACAUCGUCCGCCUUCCACUGAAGCGCAGCGGAACCGAGCUGCUCGGAGAGAGUUUGCCCAGUGUGAGGGCGUCCCUCCGAUCUUCACAGCGCAGACUGCAACGCGAAUCCGAGAUGGCUGCUGAGUACGUUCUCUUCGUGGACGAGUAUCUUCGCUGUGGGCAAAUGCGGCCGCUGACCGACGCCGAGCUGUGUGCGUCCCCCGGGCCAGUGCACUACAUCUCGUAUCACGGCAUCUGGCAAGCCGGCGACCAACGAAGAAGACUACGCAUUGUCUUCAAUGCAUCACGACCGACUUCAACGGGCUACAGUCUCAACGACGCAUUGCAUGCUGGACCGAAGCUUCAAACCUGCCUGCCAAGCGUUUUACUGCGUUGGAGAAGGCACCGAAUUGCUUUUUGCGCGGACAUCUAG